AUGGCGCCUAAACCCAAGAGCAUCUACCAGGAGGCCCUGGAAAUGGUAGCUGGGGCCCUUGUCAUUUACAUCUUUGCGGACAUUCGAGAAUUGGCGCGGGAAGGCAAAUUGGAUGGCAUGACCAUUGACGACUUGCAAGCACCCUUGACCGCGGAGCAGACUUUGGCCAUUAUAUUGGCCAACAAAGAUAAGCUGGAAGAGAUGGCUAUCAAUAAUCAGGAUGUUGAAGAUCUUUUGAAAGCAAUGAAACAUAUGCAGAUUCAUCAUGCCGAUGAUCAAGAUGCCAUUGAAGAAGGAGCGAGUUCUGGAUACUUGAGUAACAUUUGGAACACUGGGAUCGAUACGCUGCUCACAAGUAAAACUGGCAGCAAAAUGGGUCUUGAUAAGGUGCUUGGUAGCUUCAUGAACGGCAAGAAGGAUCCCCCCAAAAAGAAGUCAGCGAAAUCGGCUGUUAUGACGAACUUUGUGGAUGAUAACUCCAAAGAAGAGAUUGUACAUGCAAUUGUCGUCAAUCAAGAUCGAAAACGAGUCAGUGUUGUCUUUCGUGGUUCAGCGACACCCAAAGAUUUCAUACAAGACGCUAAGAUGAGCCAAAAGAAGAUCCCUAACCCUGUGAAGUCCAUGAUGGAAAAGGAGAGAACAGAAAGCAUGCCGGAGACAAUAAACGUCCACACUGGAUUUUAUCAGUAUCUCUUCCAGAUGAACAAGGAGACAAAGAAGACACGGAUCGAAACUAUCAUGGAGGACGUCAAGACACAACUAAAGGAAAAUCCGGGAUUUCAACUCUAUGUCACCGGUCAUUCCCUUGGAGGAGCCCUUAGUACCAUGUAUGGCUUUUUUGCUGCCGCCGAUGAUGAAAUGAUUGAGUUGUCGCCAAAUGGCGUGAUAGUCUAUAGUGUUGCAAGUCCAUUUGUUGGAAAUUGGAAGUGGAGAUUUGCGUUUCAAGAGCUAGAACGAAGGAAACGGUUGCAACAUUUGCGGAUCCAAAAUGCGGAAGAUAUGGUAACUCUGAUGCCAUUUGCUGUCCCCAAAGCUGGCUUCUUCAUGCCUAUUUUGGCCGUCAAAACCGGAGCUGGAAAUCUUUACAAGCACGUGGGAAUGCGACUGAAACUGGCCCAAAAAGCAAAAGAAGAAUCGGAGCUUCCUUACUCCAUCUCCUAUCCUGUUGACCAGAGAAUGGACGACGAGGAAUUCACCAAAGAUGUACAGGAUACUUUGGACCAAGGGAAAUCCUUGAUGAAGGCUUUCAAGGCCGUAGUCACAAAAGAUUUUGAGCGCGUGGAGCGAUAUCAUAGCUGUACCGAGUAUGAAGAGCGCCUAGAAAAGUGUAGGGACGAACUUACAGGAAUCACUCUGGAUGAAUUGUAUGCGGAUACAAAAAUUGUAGGCAGCAUGAUGGAAAAAGACUACAUGCCCAAGAAUGGAGGCGUCAUGAGCACUGCCUUUCGAGCGAUGGGUCUAGGAAAGAAAAAGAGUGAUACUUUAUCCUCCUCAGAAAUGGUAGAAGAAGACGACGAGUAG